AAUCACAGUCCAGACUCCAGACGCUGCACCAGACAGCUUGAAACCUUUGCUCAAGUGGCUAUGUGACUAACUAUGCAAACGUUUCUAUUAUUUCUAGAUUUGAUUUAGAACUAACAUGGAGAAGAUCAGCGAUUACCUCAGCAAGUAUAAAAACCACACCUUUGUCACUGCUUUAACAACUGCAGAGUACAUUGAUUCACUGCAGAGCUUUGAAAUACGAGACAGCGACAUUUUCCUCGUGACUUACCCAAAGUCAGGCACAAUAUGGACUCAGCAGAUCAUCAUCUCCAUCUGUGAGUUAGGUGGGGGUCUGAAUAAAUAUCUCAACAACUCCCAUCAGAUGCCGUGGCUGGAGUACAAGGAGAGCCACGACGACUACUUUCUGCGUUCGUCUCCGAGGCUCUUUUCCUCCCAUCUCAAGCCCGAUCUCAUGCCUCCAGGACUAAAGGACAAGAAGGCGAAGAUCAUCUACGUGAUGCGUAAUCCUAAGGACAUCCUGGUCUCCUACUACCACUUCAGCACAACCUUUGCUGACCUGGAGACUCCAAAGAGCUUUGACUGGUGUUUUGAACAGUACAUGAAAGGCAACGUUCUAGCAUCGUCCUGGUUUGACCACAUCAGAGAAUGGCAUCUAGUGAAGGACCAGUACAACAUCCUCUUCCUCACCUAUGAAGACAUGCUUCUGGACCUGAAGGCAGCUGUAACCAAGAUCUGCAGCUUCUUAGGGAAGAACCUCAGUGAAGAAGCCAUUGGACAAGUGGUCGAAAAAUGCACCUUCAGGACGAUGAAGAAAGAUCCAAAAGCCAACUACGAGUUUUUACCAAAAGAAUGGUUUAGUGGAAGCUUCAUGCGUAAAGGUCAGAUCGGUGACUGGAAGAACAUGUUCUCUGCUGCUCAGAGUGAGAGAGUCGAUAAAAUGCUGCAGGAGAAACUUGGUGACUUGUCACUGAAGCUCAUCUGGGAAUAAACAUCAGCCACAGCAACUUUAGGACUUUUAAUGUGUUUUCUGCUAAUAUCUGGUGAAAAUCACAAGAAUGCACAAAUAAUUAAAUGCUUUCUGAAGAAAUUGUAUUA